UUUUAAUUAUAAAUUAUCAUGAACCCAAUUGACUACAUUGAUGAUGAUGAUGACUUUGCUGGGAUUCUAUGUAAAUUAACAACAUUUAUAUAAGUACAUGAUCCUCAAGAAAGCAGAAGAAAAACAUAAAGAAGUCAUACAAUACAUAAUAAUAGUAAUAGAAAUACUGAUGUUUUGUAAUAUUUUGAUCAGAAUUUUAAAAGCAAAUAUCCUCAAGAGCAACUGCUAUUUGCAUAAAAAAUGAAAUAAUGUUAAUAAAUGUUUUAAAGAAAGAUGGAUAAACACAAAGGUUCUAAUAAUGGAUAACUUCAAGAGAAGCAAAAUGCAUAAACAAAAAGUAAAAAGAAAAUUCUUGAAAUUCCCUAAUUUAAUUUCAAUAAUUUAUAAAAGCAAAUAUAAAUUUAGCAACCUCCUGCUACUCAAAAGUAAUCUAAUACUUAAAACACUUUUUAAUCAAGAAACCCUUAAAUUAAAAUAUUUGAAAUCUAAGAAAAUUUUUAAUAAAAAAAGAGUCAUACAAUGGAAAUAUGCAGUGUAUGUUUAUAGCCAAAAGAAAUAGAUCAUUAAUGUAAUGAUGAAUAUGGGAUCAUCUCUUGUCCAUAUUGCAGUGAUCACAUAGUUAGAAAUUUUCUGAAAGAUCAUUUAGAAGAUUGUAUUCAAUACAUUGAAAAUCAAUUUUAAAACUUAGAAAAGAUCGAGGAAUGUAGUAUUUGUAUGGAAAAUCUUGUUAAAGAUUAAUAGACUUUAAAAUGCUCUCAUUAAUUUCAUAAAUCUUGUAUAGAUGUUUGGAAACUAAAAAGUAAAGAAUGUCCUGUCUGUCGGAAACCAAUAUGA